AUGGCAUCAUCUUCCAACAAUGGUCUUGAUGAUUCUUUUGAUGACCUUAUUGAUGAUAUUAUUGAUCAAAAAUGUGACGAUCUGUUCGACGCUGUUCUUGAUCGUCAUACCGCAGCAAAGCAAAAGAAGAAACGCGCAUAUAUUGAAAGAGAACGCGAACAAGGUCAUAUCCGCUUAUGGAAUGAUUAUUUCUGUGAAGGUGCAACAUACCCGCCUCAUAUUUUUCGACGCCGUUUUCGAAUGACCAAAGACUUGUUCUUGCGUAUUGUUGGUCGCCUCUCUAAUGAAGUUCCGUACUUUCAACAACGAAGAAAUGCUCACGGAAGGUUUGGUCUAUCUGCACUACAAAAGUGUACGGCAGCAAUUCGUAUGAUGGCAUAUGGUUGUGCGGCUGAUGCGGUUGACGAAUACCUCCGACUAGGUGCAAGUACUGCACUAUUAUGCUUGGAAAAUUUCACAGACGGAAUAAUACAAUUGUUCGGAGAUGAAUACUUAAGAAGGCCCACAUCAGAUGAUCUUCAAAGACUCCUCGAUAAUGGAGAGGCGCGGGGGUUUCCCGGGAUGAUAGGAAGCAUCGAUUGUAUGCAUUGGGAGUGGAAGAAUUGUCCUACUGCUUGGAAAGGGCAAUAUACACGUGGUUCUGGAAAACCGACAAUUGUUUUGGAGGCAGUAGCAUCACAAGAUCUUUGGAUAUGGCAUGCGUUUUUUGGACCUCCAGGUACCUUGAAUGAUAUUAACGUUCUUGAACGUUCACCUGUUUUUGAUGACAUUUUACAAGGUCGAGCUCCAAAAGUGCAAUACUGGGUGAAUGGACACAAGUAUAACUUGGCUUAUUACCUCACUGACGGUAUUUACCCAAAAUGGGCAACUUUCGUACAAUCUGUUUCACUCCCUCAAGAUCCAAAAUCACAGUGUUUUGCUACUUGCCAAGAAUCCGUCCGAAAAGAUGUCGAGCGUGCUUUUGGAGUUCUGCAAGCUCGAUUUGCAAUAAUAAGAAAUCCAGCUCUUUUCUGGGAUAAGGUAAAAAUUGGAAAAAUUAUGCGAGCAUCUAUCAUAUUACACAAUAUGAUUGUAGAAAACGAACGAGAUCACUACAAUCUGCAUGAUAUAGAAGAAUUUCAAGGAAGUGAAUCAACCAGAACUUCACAAGUAGAUAUGGGAUACUCUACAACUAUGUCUACAAACAUCCUCAAUAUGAUCGGAAUUCGAAAUGAAGUCCGUGAUAAUCAAAUACAUGAACGAUUGAAAGCGGAUUUAAUUCAGCAUAUCUGGAACAAAUUUGGUUCGUCUGAAGAGUAG